AUGGGUUCUCUCCCCGCCCCGGUCAAGCCCGAGUACGAGAUCUUAGAGAAGCCGAGCCGCAGCGGCCGGAAGCUCCGCAUCGUCUGUCUCGGCGGCGGCGCGAGCGCCCUCAACCUUGCGCAUGAGGUCAGCAUAUGCAACACUCUCGAUCUCGAGCUUGUGUGCUACGAGAAGAACCCUUCAAUCGGCGGAACGUGGUACGAGAACCGCUACCCGGGCUGCGGAUGUGACAUCCCCUCGGUCAACUACCAGUUCUCCUGGGCGCCUUCGCCUGAGUGGACGCAAUUUUACUCGAGUGCCCCUGAGAUUCUUCAGUACUUCAAGGAUGUCGCGGAGAAGUAUGAUUUGAACAAAUAUAUCCACCUCAACCACAGAGUUGUCGGUGCUUUCUGGGACGAGCCCACGCAAAAGUGGAACAUUCGCGUCGAGCAGCAGGAUGGCACCGUCAUUGAAGAUACAGCCGACAUCUUUGUCAAUGCUAGCGGUGUUUUGAACAAGUGGAAAUGGCCCGCCAUCAAGGGCAGGGAAACCUUCAAGGGAAAGAUGCUUCACAGCGCCAACUGGGACAACAGCAUCUCUCUCGAGGGAAAGCGCGUCGGCGUCAUCGGCUCCGGUUCUUCUGCAGUUCAAAUCGUCCCCAACAUCCAGCCUAUCGUUGGGAGCCUGAGCUGUUUCAUUCGUAGCUCUUCGUGGGUUGUCGGUGGCUUUGGCCAACGGUUUGCCGGAAAGAAUGGUAGCAACUUCAAGUACAGCGAGGAGCAACAUGAGAUCCUCCGCAACGACCCCAAGAAGUACCUGGCGUACAGGAAGAAGAUCGAGUCAGAACUCAACUCCCGCUUCCGCUUCAUCCUCAACGGAUCAAAAGAGCAACAAGAUGCCAGAGAUUUCGCAGAGAAGGACAUGCGCUCCAAGCUUGCGCCCAGACCUGAUCUUCAAGACCUCAUCAUCCCCAAAGACUUCGCCGUCGGCUGCCGCAGGCCGACGCCCGGUAACGGCUACCUCGAGGCCCUCUGCAAAGAGAACGUGAACGUUGUGUCAUCAAGUAUCCAGGAAAUCACACCCAAGGGAAUCAAGACGGCAGACGGCACCGAGCACGAGUUCGACAUCAUCGUCUGCGCCACCGGCUUCGACGUCAGCUGGCGCCCGCAUUAUCCCACCAUCGGCCGUAACGGCGUCAGUCUCAGCGAGUACUGGAAGGAGACGCCAAACACAUAUCUGUCGUUGACGGUGGCAAACAUGCCCAACUACAUCAUCUUCAACGGGCCCUUCGGACCCUACGGCCACGGAAGCUUCCUCCCCAUCACCGAGGCAGUGGCCCGCUACGUCAUGCAACUGCUGCAGAAAAUGUCCGAGGAGGAAAUUGCAUCCUUCUGCCCCAGGCAGGAGGCGGUCAACGACUUCGUUGAGCACCGCAGGAAAUUCCUCCCGCGCACGGCAUGGACUUCGCCCUGUCGGUCGUGGUUCAAGCAGGGCACCGUCGAUGGCGAGCCGAUGAUGUGGCCCGGUUCAAGGAUUCAGUUCUUUGAGACCAUCAACACCCCGCGGUGGGAAGAUUACGAGCUCAAGUACACCACGACGAAUCGGUUCGGGUACUGGGGCAACGGGUUCGCGGUUCGUGAGCAGGAUGGUAGGGACUUGAGCUGGUAUCUGGGCCUGCUGGAUGGUGUGGACGAGCAGCCUGCGCUACCCGAUGAGGAUUUUGAGGAAUUUUUCAUGAACAGAUAG